GUGGGCGUCUUUGAGAUCGCUUGCAUCUGGGCUGAAGUCGAUUCGAAAAUUUAUAAGAUCAAUGAAUUGUAGUCCACUGCCCUCGGCCUUGGUUCGGUUUCUUCACUUCUCCUUCCUCUUGUCCUUGACUCGUCUCGCCGACUGAGUGCUGUGCGCCGUCGAGAGCUCCCUCUCCCUCUCUUUCCCCUCUUCCCUCACGCCACAGGGCAGGUCCCACAAGUACGUACCGUACCACGAAAGCAGCAGGUCUCGCUUCCACAGCAGGCAAGCCAUUUGGCAGCUACAUGUCUCUGUAUCCGCUUCCCCUCACACCACCGUCGCUGGACGACUCGAGGCGCAGAAGGGCGCCUAGCUGCCUAGUGCUAGGGGCAGCCUACCAGAAGAGGGUCGAGCGUACCCACGAAAAGUUCGUCGUGCCAGAUAAGCCCCAGAGGAGCAGGGAGCUGGCGCCCGAAAAGAUAGCACCGGCCACUUUCAGAUUUCGUGGGUUGCAUUUCGAAGAGGUUGAGCAUUACGACCAGUCAGCCACCGUCGUCAUCGAGGGACUCGGCAAAAUAAGCCCUGGCAACAACCCAUGGUACGCACAGGGAGCGACGACGACAGCCAGCCCGAGUCUUGCCUCGUCUGCUUCGACCCUCGUGAAUGCUGAGGAAUGCGAUCACGACCACGAAAAGCUGCCCCGUCACGCCAAAGGCUUUUACAGCCCUACUCCGAGCGCCAGCGGGACGGCCGCCAUUGCCAGCAACAAGAACAGAGAGGAAUGCGUCACACCCCACCGUCACGCCCGCAGCGCGUCGAUGCCAAUCCUACCAGCAAGAGCAGAAGGGAACGACGAUGAAGACGACGAUGACACACCCUUGGCUGUUAUUCUGAAGAGAAACAGGUCGUGCGAGACUCUCAUGUUCCCCUCGAUCCAACGUCCGCCGAAAUGCGUGAGCGGCGUCAAGAGCGAUCUCGUCGGCCGCCUGGGAAGGCGUCAGUCAGGCUAGCUCCACUUUCUUCCGAGCGAGGGCUCGUGGGUCGUGAAGUCACCCAGUCAAAUGCAUGUGAAAUGAAAUCCAAAUUUCCUCUUGCGUUCGUCCUUCGUGCAAAGGAAAGAGGAGCAAAGACCUCGAUCUCCUGCUGUAUCGCACGAAUUGACCGACCGCGAGGUCAGGUUUUCCCACAAGC